AUGAUACGAGUACCAAAGGUAAUAUGUUUAGCUGCUGCGGUUCUAGUAGUGGCAGCACAAGAUGGGCACGAGCAUAAAAUUGCGCAUUCCUCUCAGUACAUAACACGCCACGACGGCCCAGUGCUAAAGGCGUAUAUAAAAGAGCAUAAGACCGAGCAAAGCCAUGAACACAAACAUGAGCAUGGGCAAGAGAAUAGUCACGAGCAUAAGCAUGAGCACAGCCUUGAGCACUGGCACGAGCUGAAACAUGAAGAUAAUCAUGAACACAAGCAUGAACAUGGACACGAGCACUGGCAUGAGCAGAAACAUGAACAUGGACACGAACAUUGGCGCGAGGAGAAACAUGAGCACCUCCAAGAACACAAGCAUAAGCAUGGGCUCGAGCAUUGGCAUGAACACAAACAUGGACACGGACAUGAGCAAAGCCACGAGCACAAACAUGAGCACAAACAUGAACCCGCCCAAUCCUCGCAGCAUAUCUCCAAGCACGACGGACAUGCGGAGGUGGUCACCAUCAAGGAUCAUCACGGACACGAGAAGCAUGUUGACUACUACACACAUCCCAAGUACGAGUUCAAGUACGAGGUGGAGGACAAGCACACGGGCGACCACAAGACGCAGCACGAGCACCGCGACGGCGACGUCGUCAAGGGCUUCUACAGCCUGCUCGAGCCCGACGGCUCCCUCAGGGACGUGCACUACCAUAGUGAUAAAAAGACCGGUUUCCAUGCUGACAUCAAACACAGCACCCACCACAUUGUUCCUGAGCACCAUCACCACCAUUAAAUAAAUUCC